AGAGGGCACACUAAGACAAGGUACUGGGGAGUGGGAGCCGCAGGGUCGAAGCGAUGAUCCCCCCGCAGGAGGCGUCCGCCCGUCGCCGAGAAAUAGAGGACAAACUGAAGCAGGAGGAGGAGACACUGUCCUUCAUCCGAGACAGCCUGGAGAAGAGUGACCAGCUCACAAAGAACAUGGUAUCUAUCCUGUCGUCCUUUGAGAGCCGCCUUAUGAAGCUGGAGAACUCCAUCAUCCCUGUGCACAAGCAGACAGAAAACCUGCAGCGACUGCAGGAGAAUGUUGAGAAGACUCUGUCCUGCUUGGACCAUGUCAUCAGUUACUACCAUGUGGCCAGUGACACUGAGAAGAUCAUCAGGGAGGGCCCCACAGGCAGGCUGGAAGAGUACCUGGGAAGUAUGGCCAAGAUUCAGAAGGCUGUGGAGUAUUUCCAGGACAACAGCCCAGACAGCCCAGAGCUCAACAAAGUGAAGCUGCUGUUUGAGCGGGGGAAGGAGUCGCUGGAGUCCGAGUUCCGCAGCCUGAUGACCUGGCACAGUAAGGUCGUCUCCCCUGUGCUCAUCCUGGAUCUGAUCAGUGGCGAGGACGAGCUGGAGGUCCAGGAGGACGUGCCCCUGGAGCACCUGCCUGAGGGUGUGCUCCAAGACGUGAUCCGAAUCUCCCGCUGGCUAGUGGAAUAUGGCCGCAACCAAGAUUUCAUGAAUGUCUACUACCAGAUUCGCUCCAGCCAGCUGGACCGCUCCAUCAAGGGCCUGAAGGAGCAUUUCCGGAAGAGCAGUUCUUCCUCUGGGGUUCCCUACUCCCCUGCUAUCCCCAACAAGAGGAAAGACACGCCCACCAAGAAGCCUGUCAAGAGGCCAGGGACGAUCCGUAAAGCUCAGAACCUUCUGAAACAGUAUUCCCAGCAUGGUCUAGAUGGGAAAAAGGGGGGCUCUAACCUCAUUCCUCUGGAAGGUCACGAGCAUGAUUACCGAGUUAAGCACCUGUCCGAGGCCCUGAACGACAAGCACGGGCCGCUGGCCGGGAGAGAUGACAUGCUGGACGUGGAGACCGAUGCCUACAUUCACUGCGUCAGUGCCUUUGUCAAGCUGGCCCAGAGCGAGUACCAGCUGCUGACGGACGUCAUCCCUGAGCACCAUCAGAAAAAGACCUUUGACUCCCUGAUACAGGAUGCACUGGAUGGGCUGAUGCUCGAGGGAGAGAACAUCGUGUCGGCCGCCCGGAAGGCCAUUGUUCGACACGACUUCUCUGCGGUGCUCACUGUCUUCCCCAUCCUGCGGCACCUCAAGCAGACCAAACCUGAGUUUGACCAGGUGCUCCAGGGCACGGCCGCCAGCACCAAGAACAAGCUGCCCAGCCUCAUCACCUCCAUGGAGACCGUUGGAGCGAAAGCGCUGGAGGACUUCGCCGACAACAUCAAGAAUGACCCGGACAAGGAAUACAACAUGCCCAAGGAUGGCACUGUGCACGAACUCACAAGCAAUGCCAUCCUCUUCCUGCAGCAGCUCCUGGACUUCCAGGAGACAGCGGGCGCCAUGCUGGCCUCCCAAGAGACCAGUUCUUCAGCCACCAGCUACAGCUCCGAGUUCAGCAAGCGCCUCCUAAGCACCUAUAUCUGUAAAGUACUGGGCAACCUGCAGUUGAACUUGCUGAGCAAGUCCAAGGUGUAUGAGGACCCUGCUCUGAGCGCCAUCUUCCUGCACAACAACUACAAUUACAUCCUCAAGGCCCUGGAGAAGUCUGAGCUGAUCCAGCUGGUGGCUGUGACCCAGAAGACUGCCGAGCGCUCCUACCGGGAGCACAUUGAGCAGCAGAUCCAGACCUACCAGCGCAGUUGGUUAAAGGUGACUGACUACAUCACUGAGAAGAAUCUACCUGUAUUCCAACCAGGAGUCAAGCUCCGGGACAAGGAGCGACAGAUGAUCAAGGAGCGUUUUAAGGGCUUCAAUGAUGGCCUUGAAGAGUUGUGCAAGAUCCAGAAGGCUUGGGCUAUUCCAGACACAGAGCAGAGGGACAAGAUUCGCCAAGCUCAGAAAAACAUUGUGAAGGAGACCUAUGGAGCCUUUCUGCACAGGUACGGCAGCAUCCCCUUCACCAAGAACCCGGAGAAGUACAUCAAAUACCGUGUGGAACAGGUGGGCGACAUGAUCGAUCGCCUCUUUGACACCUCCGCCUGAGCCUGCUGCUGUCCCUGCCUGGUUCCACCAGACCAGCCAUGUUAUUGGACAGAUAAACCAGUGUUAACUUGCCUCUAGGCCCAUUGAGUUUGACAUCCUUUGAGGCAAGGACCUUUCUUCAUCCUCCCAGCCAGGAGCUCUGUCGCUGAGCCCUUGAGUCCCAGUUUGCGCUUCUUCCCGCAGCCCAUGGUCCGCACCAAACCAGCACCUUCUGGGAACACUGGGGUUCCUUCACACCUUGGGUUUGUGACCCUGACCACACCCUGCAGGGGCCCUUGAUGGCUUCCAGACAGGAAACGACAGAGAAGGAAGACAAAGGCCUGUGCCCACAGCUGCCUUGUGUGUACAAGAGCAGGAGGCAGAACAACCCCAGUUCAGAGCUGGGGAUGGAGAACUCCCCGUUCAGCCCAGACAUGUGGGUAGUGUCAGAGGAGCAGGCCACGUCGCAGCCAGAGGGCCUGGAGCAAAAGCAAGCAGGACUGACCCACUUUCUUGGAUUUAGUGCGCAAACGCAUCCCCAUUGCCCACAAUCCUGAGGUCUAGGGAUAUCCUUUCCCCCUUGUCCCGGCGGCCCCUAGGUGGCUGGAGCAGGAGUGCUCUCUCCAUGCCCUCUGGGGUCCAGCACACUGCAGACAGAAUUCACAGGAGUUCUGACCACCCUUUGCAGCCUCUCAGGCCCCUGUCUCUGGUCCCCAGUGCCUCCAGGCCCAGGGCCACACAGCAGCAGUGGUUGCAGAAGGAGCAAUUAGGCGGGGGGAGGCAGGGGUGCUGGGUGACUGGUGGACAUGGAGAGAAGUUCAGGAACAGAGUGGGGGUCAGGCACAUGGUGGGGCCCCACCUACUUGGACAACAGUGAACAGCUGAGCUCAAUGAAGACAGACCCUUGAGGUGCACUUGCUUGUAGGCGAUUAUUUCACACUCUUUGCUUGCAUGCUAACGGAAGGGAGAGCUCAGGGUGGCCUGAGAUCCUCCAGGCUUAGGGAAGAGAGUCGACUUUCCUCCUCCUUCUCGCCAGAGACCCUGUCAUGGCCCUCUCCCAGGCCUGCAGCCCCGGACCCUGCCCUGUUACAGCCUGGGCUGCCC